AUGUCGACCAACAGUGUGAGCGGAUGGACCGUGCCUGAGCCGCGCGAGGCUGCGCCGGAGCUCAAGGUCUACAACACGUUUACGCGAUCCAAAGUACCGUUCGUGCCCCAGCGCGGACGUCUCGUGACGUGGUACAACUGCGGCCCUACCGUGUACGACGCCAGCCACAUGGGGCACGCGCGCAACUACGUUACACAGGAUGUGAUACGGCGCAUCAUGCGCGACUACCUUGGCUACGACAUCCACUUUGUCAUGAAUGUGACGGACAUUGACGACAAAAUUAUUAUGCGUGCGCGGCAGGAGCACCUGCUCGCCCAGUUCCGUGCGCAGCACCCCCAGCUGACGCCGCCUCUGCUGAAGACGGUCCAAGAGGCUUGGACAGCCUUUUUCCGCCACACGCUCGCACCGCUUGCGCCGCCCGCGCCGCCGCUCGAAGCAGCCGCUAAUCCGGCCGAGGCAGAGCGUCAGCGCCUGGGCGAGGGCGGCUGGGAGCAGGUGGCGCGCCUCGCGCAGAGCGAGGCGUGGCGGACCGAGGUAGCGCAGACGAUGCCCAAGUUCAGCCUAUGGUUCAAGGCGCUGCAGCAGUCUCGCGACGCCCAAGUCGCUGCCGCCGUGGCACUCGGCGCGGGCGAUGCGUCGGGGGCACAGGCCGCCCAGCUGAUCGACGCGAGUGUCGAUGUGCUGAGUGCACACCUGGACGCGACGCUCGCGCACACUGUCAGCGAUCCCGCCGUGUUCCGCGAGCUGGCGGCGCGCUGGGAGGCCGCCUUCUUCGAUGACAUGCGCCGCCUGCACGUCGAGCCGCCCACGAUGCUCACGCGCGUGAGUGAAUACGUGCCCGAGAUUGUGCGCUUUAUUGAGGGCAUCCUGCGGAAUGGGUACGCAUACGUCGACGACGCGUCGCCUGAGAGCAAGAACGUGUGGUUUGCAACGUCUGCGUUCGACGGCAGCGCCUGUCCCGGAGGUGCGCAUACCUACGCCAAACUUGCGCCGUGGAGCAAGGGCAAUCGUGAGCUGCUCGAAGAGGGCGAAGGCGCACUCGCCGCGAAGGGCAAGCGCAGCGCCGCGGACUUUGCGCUAUGGAAGCGUGCCAAGCCCGGCGAGCCGUCGUGGCCCUCGCCGUGGGGCCCUGGCCGCCCCGGCUGGCACAUUGAGUGCAGUGUGAUGGCCUCCGAGGUGCUGGGUGCGCAUAUCGACGUGCACUCUGGCGGUGUGGACCUCAUGUUCCCCCACCAUGACAAUGAGCUUGCACAGAGCGAGGCGUACCACGGCUGCACGCAGUGGAUCCAGUACUUUUUGCACACCGGCCACCUGCACAUCGAGGGCCUCAAAAUGAGUAAGAGUCUGAAAAACUUUAUCAGCAUCGACGAGGCACUCUCGCGCUUCACUGCGCGCCAGUUGCGCCUCGCCUUUCUCCUCCAGACGUGGCAUGCCAAGAUGGACUUCCGCGAGUCGCUCAUGGCUGAAGUACGUGCGGCCGAGUCGUCGUUCAACAACUUUUUUGCCGCUGUCACAGCGCUCGACCGCGAGGCGCGCGCGCGAGGCGCGGCUUUCAGCGAUGGGCAGCACCACUACGGGACAGAGGCACAGGCCCUCGCACGGCAGCUCGAGGACGCGCAGUGCGCGUUCCGCGCCGCCAUGUGCGACAACUUUGACACUCCACGUGGUCUCGAGGUGUUGCUGCAGCUCGUUUCGAAGGCCAACGUGUACGAGCGCAAUUCGUCGCGCGACACGCUGAACGUCACGGUGCUCCGCAACGUGGCUCAGUACGUCGCGAGUAUGCUGCGCAUGCUCGGCCUGGGCGAGGGGCCGGUCCUCGAAGGCAGCCUCACAUGGGGCCACGCGACGACCGAGGACAGCGCCGGGAACCGCGACGACAUUGCCGCGCCGUUUGUGCGUGUCCUCUCGUCGUUCCGUGACCGCGUGCGUCAGCUGGCACGCUCAAACGCACCGACGAGCGAGCUGCUCCAGCUUGCCGACACGCUCCGCGACGUCGACUUGGUGGACCUGGGCGUCGCGCUGGAGGACCAAGAGGAUGGCCAGGCCCUGUUCAAAUUUGUGCCGGCAGAACAGCUGCGCGCAGCACGCGCCGAGAAGGAGCGCGCGCAGGCCGAAAAGGCCGAGCGCAAGGCGGCAGCUGCUGCCGCGGCGGCCGCCAAGCGCCUCGAGCUGCUCGAAAAGGGCCGCGUCGCGCCGGCCGCCAUGUUUCAGCCGCCCCACUGCGAUCAGUACAGCGCUUGGGACGAGCUGGGCCUGCCGACCGCCGACAAGGAUGGCGAGGCUGUGGCCAAGAAGCGGCGGAAGAACCUCGAGAAGGAGCGUGAGCGCCAGGUCAAGCUUCACGAGGCGUUCCUGGCAGCUCGCGAGGCAGGGGAGAUUUCGUAG